AUGAAGCCACCCUUCUUCGUGGCUCCGUUGCUCACCCUUCUCGCUCAAGAUUCAGAUGCUCCGGGACGACAGGCUUGGACAGCCACUCAUGCUUCUACGGUCUCCCCUACAUUCGCUGCUCAUCACCCCCAGCAGGGGGACCACUUGAAGCCAUCUCAGAAACCCUCUGUGCUUCCGGCCGUCCCUAUCUUCACGGUCUUCGGGGUUGCAGUGGUGAUCGGGCUCAUCGCACUGGCCUCGAAGUGGCGCGACCGGACGUGCCCUGCGAGCUUCGCCCUAUAUGUGAAUUUGCUGAUUUGCGUUCAAGGAUUCAUCAACUACAGCUCGGUGAUUCUGUGUGCAUACCCCCUUUGCAUGACAUUGGGAGCCACGAACGCUGCUUCAAUUUCUGGCUUCUUCAUCGGAGUCUACAUGACUGCAAGUGCUGUUGGCACCACUGUCUGUUGGAUGAUCUUAAAUGCGUUUCCAGAUGCCUGGCAGACUGGUGGUGUCAAGCAUUUCCUGUUAGGAGGCCUUUCUUGCCAACUCCUCGGUGCGCUGGGCUUCGUGAAGGUAGCAUUGGAUGGAAGGGAUACAGGUGACAACAGCUGGAUCUACUUCUUGAUGGCCGCCAGGGUCCUCCAGGGCUUUGGGCAUGGAAUGAAUGACCAGGUCAUGAAGUGCUGCAUCGUAAAGCUUUCGCCAGUCGCCGACCGGCCCGUCCAUUCGUUGAACAAGUUCGUGGCAAACACCCUUGGGAUCGGUUCUGGCCCCAUUCUGGUCGCCCUGGUGUUCUUCUUCUUCCAGAGCCCACAUAAUGAGCAGGAGUCUGCUAAAGGAUCGCAGAUCAGCAUCAUCACAGCGAGCUUGCAAUUCUGGACAACUUCUGCCGUCCUCGCAGCUGCUGCACAGCUCUACCCCACGAUGAAGGUGGCGGCGACCGAUUCUAGCAAGGCCGCCCCGGCUCGAGGUCACCAAGCAUCGGUGCUUGUCGUGAGCCCCCUUGUUGCAGGCUAA